AUGGACGCCACCUGGCCCCUGGGCUUCAUUCUGAUCCUCAUGGGCGGCCCCCUCGUCCACGCUGAGCCACUGUACAUCCUGGUGACCCCCCGAGUCAUGAGAGUGGGCAGCCCCGAGAACAUCCAUGUCCAGGCCCACUCAGACUCCACGCAGCCUCUCGAGACGCCCCUCGGAAGUCCCCUAGGGCAGAAAGAACUGCCUCUAGCCGGACAGACGUCUCUCUGUGAGUUAUACGGGCGCCCUCUGCUGGUCAUUGAGGAAGUUGAGCGUGGACUGGGUUUCCGUGGCUCGGUUCCUGAGUCUCUGGUAUACCCGGCCAAACCAGGACAGCAAUAUAUCAUCAUCCGGGUGGCUUGGGGGCCCCCCUCAGCCUCCUCUUUCAUGGAGAAGAUGGUGCUAGUGAUUCCCCAUGCUGGCUAUAUCUUCAUCCAGACCGACAAGACUAUCUAUACCCCAGAGCACUCAGUCCAGUACCGGGUGCUCACGGUGAAUCACAAGAUGGACCCUGUGUCUAGAACAUUCACGCUGGACAUCAAGAACCCAGAGGGGAUCACAGUGACCAGUCAGAGCCUGCUGGCCAAAGAAGGACUUUUUGCAAGUUCUUUUCACCUACCGGAGCUUGUGAGUUUGGGGACCUGGACCAUAGAAGCCAGUUACCAAAGUGCAGGCAAGCAGAAGUUCAAGGCCACCUUUGACGUGAAGGAGUACGUGCUCCCGUCUUUUGAUGUCCAGCUGAUGCCAAACAAGAUGUUUUUCCACCUUAAUGACGAGAGCCUGGACGUUGACAUCCAGGCGCGGCUUCUCGGCUCCCUCUACCAUCGUGUGAGGUUGCACGGGCCCCAUGACAUAUUUGUCACCUCCCAGGCUCGUGUGCAUUGGCGACAAAGCCAUCUAAGAUUCCAAGGGCCACCUGUGCCCCUCCUGAAGCUGCCCAGCGAGAUCCUUGGAGCCACCUCUGCAGCCAACAAAGGUGACCCUCUGUCCUCCAGGUAUAUAUUCAACAAGCCAGUGGACGGACAUGCCCUGGUCAUCUUUGGAGUGAAGAUGGACUCCCGCCGUAUCCCCAUCCAAAGCUCUCUGCAGAGAGUGGAGGUCUCUGAAGGCCAGGGCCACAUCUCCCUCCAGAAGGACCAGCUGAUGGCCAUGUUUGAAGGCCCAGAAAAGGACCUUCUUGGGGCCUCCAUCUUUAUCAACGUCACCGUGUUCUCCUCAGGUGGGGGCGAGAUGGUGCAGGUGGAGCACUCAGGGGUGAAGAUCGUGGAGACACCAUACACCAUCAAGUUCAUCAGGACACCACAGUAUUUCAAGCCAGGAAUGCCUUUCCACUUUAGGGUCUUUGUCUCAAAUCCUGAUGGGUCUCCAGCCUCCGGUGUCCUGGUCCACUGCCAAAACCACAAAGUGCACACCUUAGAAGAUGGCGUGGCUUCUCUGACCAUCAACACAGAUGCAAACCUGAAACAGCUCCCCAUCUCGGAGAAGUCAGGGAACUUCCUGCACAUUGAGGUGAAGACGCUGGGCACGGAAGUCGGCAGCAACAUCCAACUAAGCCUCAACACGAGACAUAGGGACUCUGGAGCCAAAGAAAGGAUCACCUCUUUCACCAUCAUAGUUCUGAGCAAAGGCUGGAUUGUGAGUUCCAAACAGCAGUUAAAAAGCCCAGGGAGUGUCUACACGUCCGCCAUUAUUGACGUGACUCCAGACAUGCUACCUUCCUUUCGCAUUUUGGCCUUUUAUUUACUGCCCAGGGGAGUGAACCAGGACCCUGAGCUGGUGGCUGACUCCAUAUGGAUUGACGUGAAUGACAGAUGCAUGGGACACUUGAAGGUUGGCUUGAAGAAUGAUGGGUUUGUUUCAACUUUGGAACCCAAUAGUAAAGUGGAGCUGAAGGUGACAGGUGACUCAGAGGCCACAGUAGGGCUGCUGGCAGUGGACAAGGCUGUCUAUGUUUUGAACAGCAAACACAAGCUCACUCAGAAGAAGAUCUGGGACGUGGUGGAGGAACAUGACAUUGGCUGCACGGCAGGCAGUGGGAAGGACAGGCUUGCUGUGUUCAAGGAUGCUGGGUUGGAUCUGAAGAUCAGCACCGGGAUGGAGACCAAGGCAAGCUCAGAGUGGCACUGUCCUCAGACUGCCCCUCCCAGCCCCCGCCGCCACCGCUCCCUGAAGAGACUGGAGACCAGGAGGAACGCAGUGAACAAGUUCAACUCGGAUCUGGAGCGCAAGUGCUGCGAGGCUGGGUUCCGAGAGAGCCCGGUGGGGCUGUCCUGCGUGGAGAGGACCAGAUAUGUCCGCCACGGUCCAGUCUGCGUGGCUGCCUUCCUAGACUGCUGCCACCUGUCCGAGACCUUGACCCGAGAAGCUCGGGAAGAACAGUUGAUUCUAGGGACAAGCGAUGAGGACGACGUGUUUGAUGAUCUCUUUCUGGACGACAUGCCUGUCCGCACCUUUUUCCCCGAGAGCUGGCUCUGGAGGACACUUACUUUGCCAAAGAGUAAUGCGGGAAGCCUCUCUCAACACUCCUUCUCUGUGCAAAUGCCGGACUCCAUCACCACCUGGCAAUUUGUGGCCAUCAGCCUCAAGGAUGGACAAGGCGUCUGCGUCUCUGAGCCCUUUGAGCUGAUGGUGAUGAAAACUUUCUUUGUGGACCUUAAGUUGCCGUCGUCUGUGAUCCGGAACGAGCAGGUGCAGAUCCAAGCUGUGCUGUACAACUUCAAGGACCAAGAGGUCAAGGUCCGGGUAGAGUUUCCCCACAAGGAGCCGCUGUGCAGUGCCUCAAAGCCGGGAGCCCCGUCCCGCCAGGUUGUGGUGGUGCCGCCCACCUCCACCAAGAUGGUGCCCUUCGUGCUCCUCCCUCUCGAGAUUGGCCAAGUGGACGUGGAGGUGAAGGCUGUGGGCCUCGGAGUCAUGGACCACGUGAAAAAAGUGCUCCUGGUCCAGGCCGGGGGCCGGAUAGAGAGACUCUUUCACAGUAUUUUUCUGAACCCUCAAGGUCAGACCCAAGCGGAGCUGGUGCCAAGACGGGAGUUUUUGAACAAGGUGCCCGGCACGCAGGCGGAAGUGUUUGUCAGCGUCCAAGGUGACAUCCUUGGUGAAGCUGUCCUGGGCAGCCUAACGUCCAGGGAGGUGCAGGACCUGCUGACUGUCCCGGGUGGCUGUCCCGAGCAGACGCUGAGCAGGCUGGCCCCCGUGAUCAUCCUGACCGGCUACCUGGACGCCACCGGCCAGUGGGGCAAGGUCGGGGUGGAGCACAGGGACCAGGUGAUAAAGAAUAUUAUCAGCGGUCACAUUCAAAUGCUCACCCACCGCAGUUACGAUGGCACUUACCAUGUCACCAAGGGAAGCCCAGGCAGCACCUGGCUCACAAGCUACGUGUUCCGAAUCUUCAAGCUGGCCUACCCCAUAAUGACCGUCAAGGUGCUCGACCUGCCAUCCCUCUGCGCCAUGGCUGAAUGGAUCAUCUCCCAGAGACAGGCAGAGGAUGGGAGCUUCUUGGAGAGAGGCCCUGUGGUCAUGGCGUCCAUGCAGGGUGGCUACAAAGGCUCAGAGGCAGACAUAUCCCUCACGGCACUUGUCCUGAUCGCCCUGCAUGAGGGGAGCGAACUGUGCGGCCCCAGAAUAACGAAUUUGGCCGGCAGCCUAGAGAGAGCCCGAGGCUUCCUGGAAACGCAACUCCCCAACAUCCAGACGACCUUUGCCAUGGCCAUAGCCUCCUACGCGCUGGCACUGGCCAACAGCCCCCGGGCCAACGACCGCCUGGACAGCUUCGCCAGCCAGGACAAAACCCACUGGCCGGUGGGCUACCUGGGCCAGGACUCCUUGUACACUGUGGAGGCCACAGCCUACGCGCUGAUGCAGAAGCUCUAUCUGGGCCAGCACCAUGAGACGCACGCCAUCGCCAAGUGGCUCCUGGAGAGGCGCGAGCUGGGCGGGGGCUUCGGGUCCACGCAGGUGACCGGGCCUGGGAGGGGGCCGGGAGCUGACCGAGGUGCUGGCGCGCCCCGCCCGCGGGAGGGCGCUGUCCGUGGUGCUGAAGUGGCCAGAGCCCUGUCUGUGGUGCUGAUCUCCGUUCCCUGCUCCAACACCCAGACCACCGUGGUGACCCUCGAAGCCCUGACCCGCUUCAGCGAAGAUGUCCCCUUCCAUGGAACCCAGGACCUCCGUGUCCAGAUCAGUGUCCCCAAGAGAGCGUUGAACGUGCAGUGGCUCAUUAAUCGGAACAACGCCUACCAGCAGCGGUCAGCCAAGGUGCGGAGAUGA